AUGACAACAAUCCUGGAGUAUUUCCAAGAAAAGAACCCAAGUUGGCGGAUGAUAUCCUCCAUCGUGAUCGACAAAGAUUUCGUUGAGUGGAGGGUGCUGAAAACACUAUUUCCUGCUGCGAAAGUUUUACUUUGUCAAUUCCAUGCAAUUUCGUACUGGAAGAAGGUGAUGCAGCGGGCCCCAUAG